UGCGUCGCAAGAGAACGGCAGAGAAAGGAAGAGGACAGCGGGAAACUUUCCGGAGAAGAAGACCCUGCCGGAGUCGUUGCCGGACUGGUUUCACGCCGGAGGAGAAGAAGAUGAUGUUGCCGCGAUCGGACUUGACUGCUUCCACUGAACGUCGAUGCCUAUCACAAACCUAUUUCCGUCCCCAGUCCCCUGCCGUCAGAAUAGAAACUCUUUCGCCGGUAGGAAGAGAAAGAGAACGCCGGAGUACUGAAACUGCGAUGCCGAAGUUGGGAACGGAACUGAGUUCACCGGACCUCGCUGCUGCCGUUGACUACUGCCACGCCGGGAAAAGAAAAGCUUCGUUGACGGACUGCUACUUGUCGAGAAAGGGAAGGAAGCAGCAUCGUUGCCGUUGGUCGUCUUCGGGCUGCUACAGUACUCAAGGUGAAUUUGGAAAAGAUCGAGAUAGAUGAUCGGCUAGGAAUUAUCGCGAUUGAGGUAAAUGCUUUGCUGAUGAUGUUGAUUUCGAGAGAGCUUCCGCUAGAGAAAAUGUAAUUAGUAGAUAACAUUGUAGUUUAAUUGAAUUUUCAAGACACUUAUUGUGUUUAAUUGUCUGUGGUGAUUAGCCUGUGCACUCGGUUAGAUUAGAGCCGAGUGUGGCGGUAACACCCAAUUUCCCUUUUGGUUUUCCG